CAGCUGUUGUGUGUGUCAAAUUCUAAUGUGAACGUGCAGCAACCACCCACCUCAUAUAACAUCAGUUACCCACAAACUUGUGUGACUUUGGCCAAUAGUGGAUCUCAAUCUCUUGUGGUUGCAACUUCUUAUAAUAGCACUCCGCCUGGGGGUACAUACAAUCCUAAAUCCAGUCACCAAAGCCAUGUUCAAACUAACAAUCAUGAAAAUCAAGCGUCUCUCUAUAAUUUUGCUCAUAAUGUUAGUAGAAGUAAUACUCCCACAGUUAUCACUGGUGCAAAUAUAAACAAUGCGAAUAUGUUUAAUGUUAAGACUGGUACAGGUGCUCCGGUCGCCAGUCAUGUUGUGGUGAAUUUAGACCAAAGCACACUUCCAGCUGUCAAUAAGGAAAUUGUAAAUAAAUCAGCCCAAGUCCCUAAUCUCAGCACUGUGUCAGUUUCCAGUGUAACUUUGAGCAGUGCAUCAACUGUAAGCAAUAUGCCACUCACUUCUGGUGCUUUGCUUCCAGUAGGCAAAGAAACUGUAUCAAGCUCACAAACACCAAACGUUCUUGUCCCACAACAAUUGAAAGAAGAACAGGGGCCAAGUAAAAAGGUUAAGGAAAAAUUGAUCAAACCUAAGGUAAAAAAACUUCCUCCGCCAAGUUUCUCUGAAAUCUCAGGUUCCGGGGGUUGCAAAUUUUACAAGUGUGACCUUUGCUCUCAAACAUUAUGCUCUUUAGAAAGCUUUGUAAUUCAUUGGGAGAUAUGUGCCACUAAAAACAAAUCCCUGUUGAGGAGGAGGGCCUCACGUGAGAAACUUUUGAAUGCUAAACCGAUGACGGGAGAGAUUCUUCAAAAUGUUUUAUCAGUCAUUUCCAAUGUAGCAGCAGGUAGUGGACCACUGGAGGUCCAGCUGGCUGAUAAUGAAAGUGAUGCAGAUUCUAGACUUGUAUCACUCUUAGACCCCUGCACAACAGACCAUGAUUUGGUAGAAUCUAAUGAGAUGGACAAUACAAGUUGGGUUGAGGAUGAAUCACCUAAUAAUGUACCUGAUGAAAGAGAUAGUAUAUGUCAUG